AUGUCCACGGAGGCGCUUAAAGCGUUCGUUUUUAACGAAUCAGUACCGAUCAUGGACUCGUCGCCUCUGCCGGGAGGGGUACCUGGGGGUGGAAUGAUCGUUCCUCCUGCGCUUGGGGGAGCUGCUGCUUCGCUGUUCAUGACUGGCGGUCGGAAUCGGGUCCCAGGAGCGGCUAUGAUGAGAUCCGUGGUGGCUCCUGAUACAGGCGUAAAGAAGCGGGAGGAGGUGUUUGUUGAUGUGAUCGAACGGCUGAGCGUGACUUUUAGUCCCAACGGAUACAUCCUGACGUGUGAGAUUGACGGAACCAUACAGAUGAAGAGUUAUCUGACCGCGAAUCCUGAAGUUAGGAUAGCUCUUAACGAGGACCUCGUUAUAGGCCAGAGGAACGCUCCAGCGUCGCUGCUGUAUGGAGGGGGAGGCGGGAUGGGGGAGGAUGGAAGCGGAGGAUUCGGAAUUGUUGUUCUGGAUGACUGCAACUUUCAUGAGAGCGUACGGUUGGAUACCUUUGAUGUGGACCGGACAAUGACUCUCGUGCCACCAGACGGGGAGUUCUCAGUCAUCAAUUACCGCAUGACGCAUGAGUUCAAGCCUCCGUUCCGGGUGUAUCCGGUUCUGGAGGAGAUCACCCCUUUCAAGGUAGAGCUGUUCAUAAAGUUAAAGGCAGAGUUUCCCGCCACAGCAACCGCCAACUCCAUUGUCGUCCGUGUGCCGCUGCCCAAGAGCGUGAUUAAAGUGAGCUGUGAUUUAGACCCUGGAGCUGUGGGGCAGUCAACGGAUUUCAAGGAUGCGUCCAAGAUUCUGGAGUGGACUAUAAAGAAGAUGCCCGGUGGUGGGAAUGAGCAUACAUGCCGGGCCAAGAUGACCCUGAAUCAGGAGCGGGGCUCAGGGAACAUGAAGAAGGAAACUGGUCCAAUUAGCCUGUCGUUCAAUAUCCCCAUGUACAACGCAUCUAGACUCCAGAUUCCUGCUGGAAUGAAGGAGCAGUUGCUAUCUCACGUUGUGCUGAAGCAAGAGGCGUUGGAGGAGGACAACAAGCUGGUCAACGAGUUUCCCAUCUCCAUCCGUGAUGGGGUCGCAAUGUCCCUGCAUGGGAAAGUGCUCGCAGAUGCAUAUCUGUUUCAGGGCUGCUCAAAGGCGUUCAUUCAGUUCCUGGUUUCACGACUGCGAGUGGAGUAUUUUCUUCCUGGGGAGGUGGUGGUGAGUCGGCAUGACAACAACCAUCAGCUCUAUCUGCUCGUGCAAGGAGAAGUGCCCAGGGCUCGUCGCCUCACAGACACGGCAGAGGAAGUGCGCCGAGCCGUGACUCAGCGGCAGGCACAGCAGACACUGAGCGCCAUACAGCAAGCAGCCCGGGGGGACUUGGAUCACCUCAAGAUGCUGCGAAAGCUUGGAGCAGACUUUUCGAAAGGGGACUUUGACGGCCGGACUGCACUGCACCUGGCCGCCUCCAGGGGCUUUCCGGACAUUUGCAGUUUCAUUCUGCGAGAGGGAGGUUCUGCCAACAGGAAAGACCGCUUUGGUGUGACACCUCUACUGGAAGCCCUUCGAGCAGGCCACAUGCAGACAGCCGAGGUGCUGCGGGAGCACGGCGCCCAAGUCCUCCUGGACGACCCAGCAAGCGAGCUGUGCCACGCGGUGAAGCGCGGUAUGGUGGAGUACCUCGAGCGCCUGCUCUCCUUCGGCCUGGACCCCAAUGAGGCGGACCACGACCUGCGCACGCCCCUGCACGUGGCAGCAGCAGAGGGGUCCGUUGUGCUCGUGCGGCUGCUGCUGGAGCAUGGGGCGGAUGCAUGGGCGCGGGACCGGUUGGGUCACCUGCCGGUGGAUGAGGCGUGCCGGAAUGGGGCGAGGCCGGUGAUUGCACUGCUCAAGGAUGGCAUGCGCGUGAAGCUGCCGCCGCUGGCAAGUCGACCACCAGCUGGACGAGCCUCUCUCACUCGUGGAGGCUCGCAGCGCCGUCGCCACACCCACCACCAGCCCUCAUCUUCCAUCGCAGGAGCCCCCGCCGCCACUACCAACACUGCCACCACCACUACUGGCACAAGUAACACUUCAACCAGCAACACUGGCAGCACUCCCCGCCACUCCCGGCCCAGCAGGCAACGCUCCCAAAGCGUCGACACCUAUUCCGACCAAAUCGAAUCUGCCCCUGACAGCAGCAGCUCGGGAGCUGCGUCCCCCUCCACCUGCCUGCCCUCCGACCCCUUACUCCAGCAGCGCGUGAUGCACCUGCGCCGCCGCCCCACCAGUUCCGUGCACAUCCCCACUGACCUCCUGGCCGACCUUCCUGCUUCGGUUUUCGAUGAGUACCUCUCAGAGCACCAGACUGCAUCUAAUCAGCCGCUCUUCACCCCUCCUGCGUCACCCCUUGCGCAUCUGCUCCUGCCCAAGCUCCAUGCUGCUGGUUCUUUGACCCCGCCACCCUCGUUUGAUGGCGGCUCUGAGUUGCAGCCUCGCUCGUCCUCAGCGACCUUCCCACUCUCUGAACCUUUACUCCCACCUAUUCCACAUCCACACACCACACACACUGCACAUGCCACCACGCAUGCCGAACACACCGUGCACACAGCACCAUACCGCUCUGCCUCUGCUGCUCUCCCCCCUGCUCCACCUGCCCCUGGCGUAUCCUCUGCUCCCCGUGCACAACAGCGGCCCACGCCCCUCACCAUCGACCCUCUAGACAGAAGCAUGAGUCGCUCCUCCACAGCCCCGCAUUCAUCACUAGACGAAGAUCUUUCAGAGCCUUGCCUCCGCCCCCAACCCCAUCUGUGGCUGUGGCCAACCGCCGUGUCACAGUCUUCCCAUGCCGACCAUGGGACACUGGCCCAGCUGGCAAUCCACCUGGGGAUUCUCCUGGGGAAGAUGAACUUAGCGAGGGAGCUCAUGGAAGGCAACCACGUGACUGUUUGCCUGAUCAGGCUGUGCAUUCAUCAGGGGAUUCUGCAUCGCCUGAACCUGGGAGCGAAGGAGGUGUUGGGAGCCGGGCUGGAGAAGAGAAGAGAUUCAUGGGGCGACCAUAUGGGAAGGUGGUGUUGGUACCCCUCUUUAUGGUCACCCUGA